CUUCCGAAUGGCACCACCAUCUAUCCACCUCAUCGAGAAGCUCCCAACUAAAGACAUAGAGCAGUUAACACAACUUCUAAGUCUACCACCUGGAAAACUUCCAACAGAGGCAUGGCUAAAAGAUCAGUCGACCAAAGUCUCCGACUUAUCAUCUCAGCUGCUGAAACCCAUAGAUAUGCUCCUCCGCCUUGGGAUGUCCAUGAGCUCCAGUCCCGAUAAAGCCACCCUCUGCAAGUCUCACAAGAAUCUCAAUCCCUACCUCAUCCGAAGAAUCUUUCUCCAAAUCUCAGCUGAAUGCACAACUCGCCUAGCUCGUCUCCUUGAGAACCCCUUCAUCGACACAGAGAUCCAGCGACAUGUGAAAAGACUCCAGAUGCUCAACAGUCUCUGGAUGUCUGUCGACUUGUACCGAGUUACCUAUCAAGUCAUGCCGCAAGAGCCUCGUUUCUUCCGUGUUCCUAGUGAUUGCGAGGCUUGCAUCCUGGCUGCUGUUGGAGGCAAUCCCCACACGCUGUGUGAUCUCCGAUCUUCGAUGCUGGGACGCAAGAAGAAAAGAGGAAAGGAGCCAAGACUGUUGAGGCUGGUGGAGUCGUGGAUUCGGUGGACCGGAAUUGGGCAAGAGCUUACAGCAGAAAGCUAUAUUCUAGCAAGAGAAGUCAGAGCUUGUCGACGAGAUAUGCAGCUUGCGAGACGGCAGACGAAGCGUAACCAACAGGAAGGGAUUUUUGACGAACCUACUUCUCCUUUAUUUUCCGGAGCGAUAAGCGAGGAACAGACAUUGGUUGCUGAAGGCGGUUCUGAGAAGUUCGAGUUGCCAGAUAAUACGUGGGAGGAUGAUGAUGAAGAUGAUGAUCCCGAAGGAGAUAUCAUUGGCCACUAUGCUUAUAGCAUACGAUCAUCCGCAACGGCUCUUCGACGCCCUGCAGCUCAUGACGAUAUCCACACAGCGUUCGGAAAGUCAAUACCGCCUCUCCGUACCGGGACCUCCAGCACAGCUCGACCAUCAACACCCAGACCACCACCAUCAAUGUCCACGUCGUACGCGAGCAUUACUACCAUCCAUCCUGACCGUCUGUCAGCCGAGAACUUGCGGCGAUUUGAUGAUCUCCCUCCCAGACCAGAAAGACCACAGAAUCGUUCAACAUACAUGGACAGCUUGAGUAGCGCUCGAAUGAGCCGAUCCUCCGCGGCAGUUCCACCCUUGAGACCUCACCAAGCGCCAGCGUACACAGCGAGUGAAUACAGCAGGGACAUCUACGGCCGACGACCAGGAGAUGCGAGAUCGAUGGCCACUGGCCAUCUUAAACAUGCUAAUGUGGAGCAAGCGAGAGCAUACACGGAAAUGAUGCGUAGACAAGCAGAAGAAGAGUCCGCUGCGGAAGGAAAUCUUCAAAACUGGCAAGGGAACGAUGAGGAAGAGCUUGAUGCGCCGCCAAUACCGAAGCGAUCUGAAAAUAGGGAAACAGUAUGGAGCGACUUCGCUGGCCGUCGGGCUUCUCGACAGACUCGUCAAGAUGGGUGGUAA